AUGGCGCCCAAACAAAGCCAUUUUUCCAUUUCCUUCCGCCUCUACCAAAAUGGCGUCCCAUUGGUGCCAACGCCCAACUCUCGCGAGAGCAGCAGUAAAUUUUCCCGUGACACCCUGUACGAAGCAGUGCUGGAGAUCCUACAAGGGACUCAAGUGAAACCACGCAAGUUUGCAGAAACUGUGGAGCUGCUGAUCAGCCUGAAAAACUAUGACCCGCAGAAGGACAAACAUUUCUGGCACAGUCAGGCUUGGCACCUCUCUGAUUCCACCCAGCUCAAGUCCUUCCUGUGUCCUAAAUUCUCAGCCUGUGUGCUGGGGGUCGAGCAACUGAUGAGGCCAAAGCAGUCAAAUAUCCCUCAUGUGGACAUCAAGGCUCUGAAGAAACUCAAGAACAAGAAGCUAGUGAAAAAGGUGACUAAGUAGUACAAUGCCUCUCUGGCUUCCCUGAUCAAACAGAUUCCUCUUACCUUGGGUCAGGGUCUGAACAAAGCCGACAAGAUCCCCUCCCUUUUCACUCACAAUGAAAACAUGGUGGCCAAUGUCAGUGAAGUCCAGUCUAUCAUCAAAUUUCAAAUGAAAAAGGUGCUUUGUCUGGCAGUGGCUGUUGGCCAUGUAAAAAUGACUGAAGAUGAGCUAGUCUACAACUUUCACCUGGCCAUCAACUUCCUGGUGUUCUUGCUGAAGAACUGUCAGAAUGUGCAGUUGUACAUCAAGAGCACCAUGGGAAAACCACAGCGCCUCUACUAAACUGGCAGUAAUAAAUGUUUCAGAGCACCCAGUCACUCUGCGUCUGUGUCUCCUCAUCCGCAGAGCUUUCAGUCGUGUUAGGACUCUUGUUCCCAAUCAUUUUGAGUAACUGUCUCAUUCUAUGAGACUGAGACCUCUGCUGUACCUUGCCAUUGUCAGUCCCCUCCUGCGUACUUGUUUGUAACUUAACCUAUGUUGGAGCUGCUUGUGAUUCAGAAUUUUAGAGCAGUGAUUCUCACCCCAGGGAUGCACAUACCCCUGGUUAUGUAGAGGUCUUCCGGGUGUACGUUAACUCAUCUAGCUAUUUCCUUAGUGUUACGACAGGUUACAUGAAAUGCACUAGCCAAGUCAAUACAAACUAAACUUACAUACAGACAAUGACUUGUUUAUAUUGUUCUGUGUACUUACAUUUCAGUGUAUAAUAUAUAAUUAUAUGGUAAAAAUCAGAGUAAGCAAUUUUUCUGUAAUAGUCUGCUGUAACACCUUUUUCUAUUUUUUUCUGACUUUGUAAGCAAGUAGUUUUUAAGUGAGGUGAAACUUGGGGCUACACAAGACAAAUCAGCCUCCUGAAAGGGGUAUACAGUAGUCUGGAAAGGUUGAGAACCACUGUGUUAGAGCAACCUAUAUGCCAUUGAGAGCAUACCUAAAGUUAAAUGAGGAGCAGCCGCAGUUAAAUGACGGGGAUCAGCAGGGAAGCUUCUCAUAAAGAUGAGCUGCGAAGCCAGAUGAAUUGAACAGAUUCCCAUCCUGAAGACUCUCACUAGCCAGUCAGGAGCCUUCAACAUGGAAAGAUUUCUUUGAUGAAACCUUCUUUUUUAAGUCCUUCUUAGAAUAUGAUGUCUUCACAGAAUUUUAUAAACCCCGCAGCCCCCCUGCCACCCAAUCAGUUUUACAAUCCAGCC